AUGAGCUCGUCAGACGAUGACGUGCCCCUUGUUGGGAAAAGAAACACAAAUGGUGCUUCUAAUGCCUCGUAUCCCUCCGAAGAGCUAGUCUCCAAAACGACCGAUCCUUCGUCGGCAAGCACCCCUAUAAGCAACGGCACACCGAAGCCAGGAGUCUCAAUUCGAUAUGGCCCUAUUGACGGAGACGUCGAAAUGCCGGAUGCUGACGUGAAUGGUGUGGCGAAAUCCAAGAGAAAGUCGAGAGCUCGUGCUACAAAUAAGUCAUAUGCAGAAGUGGGAAGCAGCGAAGAAGAUGAUAAACCACUGAGCAAACGUCGCCGUACCAAUACCAAAGGACGAGUGGAUUCGGAUUCUGACGAUACACCUCUUGUAUCAAAGUCUGGAAGGGCCAAAAAGCUUCCUGCACUGACUGAAGCUGAAGAAAAAGGCUUUGUCACUAAGAAAGAGGAGAUAGAACAUCUUGCAGAAGAGGAAGCAAAGGCCAUCAGAAAACAUGAGCGCGACGAUGCCGUCAAGAAGAAGUCUCUGGGCGCAAAAGCGAAGUCGACUAUGAAUGGUAAAAAAGUGAAUGGCGUGAAAAAGGCUGAAUCUAGCGAUGAAGACAUUCCCUUACGUCGAAAGGCCCCUGCGAAAAAAGCGACCAAAGCCGCUAAAUCAGAGACACCAAAGGGUAAAGGGAGGGGUAAAGUGAAGAAAGAAGCAACCGAAGAGGUAGAAGCUGAAGAUGAAGAUGAAGAGGAGUAUCGCUGGUGGGAAGACCCCACAAAGGGGGACGGCACGAUCAAGUGGACCACUCUGGAACAUAAUGGCGUUGUAUUCCCACCCCCCUAUGAACCACUCCCCCAAAACAUUAAAAUGAAAUAUGAUGGUGUCCCUAUCACCCUAGCACCAGAUGCAGAAGAAGUCGCCGGAUUCUUCGGCAGUAUGCUGAACUCUACACAUAACGUUGAAAACCCUACUUUUCAGAAGAACUUCUUCGAAGACUUUACAGCCAUUAUCAAGAAAACUGGAGGCGCCAAAGAUUCUAAGGGUAAAUCGGUAUCUGUCAAAGACUUCAAAAAAUGUGAUUUUAAGCCGAUCUUCGAUUAUUAUGACAUGAAGCGUAUCGAAAAGAAAGCUCUUCCCGCCGCGGAAAAGAAAGUUUUGAAAGCAGAAAAAGACGCAGCUGAAGCUCCUUAUAUGUAUUGUACGUGGGAUGGCCGAAAACAAAAAGUUGGAAAUUUCCGGGUUGAACCUCCUGCACUCUUCCGUGGCCGUGGGGAACACCCUAAAACAGGUCGUGUUAAAACGCGAGUUCUGCCGGAGCAGAUCACCAUUAACAUUGGAAAAGAAGCUCGAGUACCGCCGCCUCCUCCUGGUCAUAAGUGGAAAGAUGUAAAGCAUGACCAAGAAGGAACAUGGCUAGCGAUGUGGCAAGAAAAUGUCAACGGAAACUAUAAAUACAUCAUGCUUGCUGCGAAUUCGGAUAUUAAGGGCCAAAGUGACUACAAAAAAUUUGAGAAGGCGCGUGAGCUAAAGAAACAUAUCGAUCGCAUCCGCAAAGAUUACCGGACAGGUCUUAAAGAUGAACUCAUGGCAAACCGUCAGCGAGCUACGGCUGUGUACCUCAUUGACCAGUUUGCUCUUAGAGCUGGUAACGAGAAGGGUGAAGAUGAAGCCGACACAGUAGGUUGCUGCUCGCUAAAAUACGAACACGUCACAUUGAAACCACCCAACAAAGUUAUAUUUGACUUCUUGGGUAAAGACAGCAUUCGAUUUUACGAUGAGGUGGAAGUCGAUCCCCAAGUUUUCAAGAAUCUUAAGAUAUUUAAAAAAGAACCCAAAAAGGAAGGUGACGAGAUUUUCGAUCGACUUACAACGACCGCUUUAAAUAAACACCUUUCGAGCUACAUGGCUGGUCUUACAGCAAAAGUCUUCCGUACAUACAAUGCGUCUUAUACUAUGUCCACGCUAUUGAAGCAGAUGGAAGCCACAGGUACUGUUCAUGAAAAGGUUAAGCAGUACAACGACGCAAACCGUAGAGUUGCUAUUCUUUGCAACCAUAAACGCACGGUGACUGCCAGCCACGCUAAUCAGAUGGAGAAAAUGGGUGACCGGAUCAAAGGUCUUCGCUAUCAAAAAUGGCGAAUCAAGCAAAUGAUGAUUGACCUUGACUCAAACAUUAAAAAUGAGAAAGGAGCAGCCUUUUUUGAAUUAGAUGAGGAUCUUGAUGAAGAAUGGCUUAAACAACAUCAAGCUUUCCUUGUCGAAGAGCAACGUCAGAAGAUCCAGAAGAAAUUCGAUAAAGAAAAUGAAAAGCUGCGGGCCGAGGGUGAAAAGGAGAUGAAGGCCAAAGAGCUUGAAGAGCGCCUGCAAGCCGCGAAGGAACUUGAAGCAAAAUUUAAAAAGGAAAACAAGUCGAAGAAGGUGGAGGCCGAAGGUAAGGGGAUUACCAUCGAUAGGCUCGAAAGCAACCUCGUCAAACUUGACCAGCGCAUCGAGACAAUGUCGCUACAGGCUCAGGACAAAGAGGAAAACAAAGAAGUUGCUCUCGGGACGUCCAAGAUUAAUUAUAUUGAUCCUCGACUUACGGUGGUAUUUACGAAAAAAUUUAAUGUUCCUAUCGAGAAAUUCUUUUCGAAGACUUUGCGAGAGAAAUUCGAUUGGGCCAUCAAGUCCGUUGAUGAACACUGGGAAUUCUAA